CACACACACACACACACACACACGCCUUCAAACUCAGCUCAACUCAACACCUUCAACAGUAAAUGCAGCAGAAAAGAAAAGAGACGCCAGUGAGAAGUGAAGAAUAAAAAUAAGAAGGUGAAGAAGAAGAAGCUGUUUAUCAAAUAUUUAAUAACUAGAGAGUGAGAGAGAGAAAGAGAGAGGGAGAGCGCGAGAGAGAGAGAGAGAGAGAGAGAGAGAGAGAGAGAGAGAGAGAGAGAGAGAGAGAGAGAGAGAGGGACCUUCAUCUUCUCCAGUAAAAUGGCUCUCUUGGGUUCUUCCAGCUGUGUUGUUCUUUUUGUCCUGUUCUUCAUGGCAUCUCUGGCACUGGUCUUAUCCACUGACUCUGAGGAUCCGUCCUGCUCCACUCCUCCAUUCCGUCCUCGCACAUUUACUAUUGAAUACGUUGGUUGCAACACAACACUUCGUGGAAAGGAGAAGGAGGACAUUCAAGCAGCCACAACAGUUCUCCUGGUUCCUCUUCUCUACCUGGUCUCUUUUGUCUUCGGUUUCCCUGCUAACCUUCUGGCUCUUUGGGUUCUUCUCUUCCGCACAAAAAAGUUUCCAUCCACCAUUCUGUUAGUGAACCUCACCUGCUGUGACCUUCUUCUUCUCCUCGUGCUUCCCUUUCGUAUCAUCUACCACUUCCAAGGGAACAACUGGAUGUUUGGGGAAGGUUCCUGCCGCUUGCUAAUCGCUCUGUUUUAUGGGAACAUGUACGGCUCUGUGAUCUGCCUAAUGCUCAUUGCUGUGGACCGCUACGUGGCUUUGGUGCAUCCGUUUGGUGCCAAAACGCUACGGAGUCACAAGACGUCCAUACUGAUGAGCGUGAUUGUGUGGGUCGUGGUGGUGGUCGCGGCUGUUCCUCUACUAACAUCACGCCAGUCUUACGACAUAGACGACCUUUCCAUUACGACCUGCCACGACGCUCUUCCCGCAGGCGAACAGACAAACUACUUUGGGCCAUAUUUUACCACGCUCUUCUUCCUCUGCUUUCUCCUCCCGUUAUGUGUGGUGGUUUUCUGCUACAGUGCUGUAUUGCGCACCCUAGUGGCCGCUGGCGCUCGCUACGCCCAUGCAACCCGUGUCACGGCUCUCGUACUGGUGGUUUUCAUCAUCUGCCUCCUACCCAGUAACGUUCUCCUGCUCAUGCACUAUUAUAAAUGGUUGUUCUCACCUAAGAACGUGAAAGAUUAUGAUGAAGGUGAAGCUGAAGAUGCUGACAGAAGCUCUGACAACUACAAUCCGCUCUACAUGCUGUACAUGAUCAGCCUUGCCGUCAGCACCUUCAACAGCUGCAUUGACCCCUUUAUCUUCUACUACGUCUCAGAGGACUUUAGAGUAAAAGCCAGAUCGUUGCUAUGCUGCUCGAAAACCUUUCACGAAGCCUCUUCUGGAAGCUCCUCAGGCACCAUGAGGUCAAAGGUCACAUUGCUGUCCAUGUCAGGAAAAACUAAAGGCGUUUCAGAUAACGGUGCAGCAAAAGUGUAACGUCGCCACUUGCAGGUCAAGGGGAGGAGUCAUGACGACGUCUAUGUGAUAAAAACCUCAAUGUAAAUAAAAGUUUUAAUAUCUGAUACUGUGUUAGCUGACUGACACGAAGGUGAUUUAGUUUGCUUCUGUACUAGCAUGAUAUGUAGCUAUGUAGCAUGCUGUGUGUGCUUGUGUGUGCAUGUGUGUGCAUGCGUGUGUGUAUGCUUAUGUGCUUGUGUGUGUGUGCUUGUGUGUGCGUGUGUUUGCGAGUGUGUGUGCGCGUGUGUGCUUGUGUGUGCGUGUGUUUGCAUGUGAGUGUGUGUGCGCGUGUGUGCUUGUGUGUGCUUGCGUGUGUGUGUGUGCUUGUGUCGUGCAUGUGUGUGUAUGAGAUGAUUGUGUAUAAAUAGGAAGAUGUGUGUGUGUGUGUGUGUGUGUGUGUGUGUCAUAAAUAGAGUAGCAUUUGUUUGUUAACGACGUGUCAAUGACGUGUUUAUGAAGGAUUUAAAGAAGCUCCUGAUGUGUAUUUUAUGUUAAAUCUAAAAACACAGAUUAAUCUUUAUAAACUUUAUACAUUUUAAGUGUUAGAAUAAAUUCUAUUCUGUAAGCUUUUUAAUUCUUCUUCUCUCUUUUUGAUGAAGAACUGCAACAGCUGCUGAAGGUUAAAGUAAAACAAAUCCCUGUUAUAAACGAUCCUCUGUACAUUAAAUCUGUAAGGUGAUAUUAAUCACUGUGACACUUCACUGCCUGAUCGCUUCUACACAAAUAAACAGAUCUUUUAUGAACUAAAUAAAGUGAGUAUAUAAUUAUAUAAAUAAUAAAUAGUCAUUAGAUUUAAAAACAUUUUUAUACAAUAAAAGUGCUUAUACUGUUUUUGUGUAAGAUCGAAUCUGAGGAAUCUCACAC